AGUGCUUAUGGUAUUGUUUGCAUUGGAUGAUGGCAUCAAAGGAGGUGGAAGGCGUGAACACAAAUGGGCCAAACUGGCUUGAACUUCCAAGAGACGUAACAACAAACAUACUUCUAAGGCUUGGUGUUGUAGAAAUUGUGAUGAGUGCAAGUCAAGUGUGUUCUUUGUGGUGGAACAUAUGCAAGGACCCUCUCAUGUGGCACAUCAUUGACAUGACCAACCUCCUGCCGCUCACUGCUGGUCGCCGUACUUCACCUUUUGACAUGACCCACCACCCUGACUAUUCAACCUAUAAAUUGGAGAAGAUUUGUCGCUGGGCUAUUAAACGAAGUGGGGGUCAUUUGGAAGACAUUGGUAUUGAGUCUUAUGUUGCCACUGAUAAUCUCCUCAAAGACAUUGUUUCUAGCACAAGCCAUCUACGUCGCUUGCGGCUUUCAUAUUGCUGGAGUAUUUCAGAGAAAGCAUUGAUUGAAGUUGUGAAGAGGCUUCCACUCUUAGAGGAGCUCGACAUUUCAUUUACCAUACAACCUAAGUAUUUCCUUGAAGCUAUUGGCAGGUGUUGUCCUCUUUUGAAAUCAUUAAAAAUGAACACGUCUUUAGUCGUUAUUCCGAGGUACGUGCAUGUAAAUUGCAGCGAUGAUAAAGCGUUUGUUAUAGCAGAAACAAUGCCUGAGCUGCGUCACCUACAGAUUAUGGGAAACAGUCUCAGUAAUGAUGGCUUGCUUGCUAUUCUUGAUGGUUGCCCUCUUCUUGAAUAUCUUGACCUACGAGGUUGUCCUUUUGUUGAUUUGAGUGGUAGUUUGGAAAAGAGGUGUCAUGAGCAGAUCAAAUAUUUACGGCUUCCAACUGACAUUGAAGAUACAAUUUCGGACGAUUAUCCUCUGACUGACACACGCAGCUCUCUGGUCACCCUUUUCUAGAUUAAUCAAAUGAUUAUUAUGGUUUUCAGAUCUCACAUGUUCUUCUAUUUGGAGUACUUUUUGAACGGCAUAACUCUUUUCAAGAGACUCAACUGUUAGGUUUGCUGUUUUUGGUUAAGACAUUGGUUGAUGAUUGGAUGUGUCUGAUUGAUUCGAUGAAGAACUUCUGAAUUUUAGAGAUUUUGAAAUGUAAGGAAGUUUAAUUAUUAAUUUUUUUUGUAAGGAAG